UCAACACCUGACUCGAUUAGAAACUAAACAAAAUCGUGCUUCUUCAUCUGCAGUUUCUACAUUGUGACGCGAACGUAUCCGACGUCGACCUGGUUCACUCGUGAGAAAAAGGAUCGCUUGCAUCGCAAUACGACUCGAAAGAUGAAUCUUAUGUUACGCACGAUCCGAGCUUGCGUUCGCUCUGCGAGACACACCAAAUACAGUACUCUACCCUCAGAAGCAGUAAUAUUUAUGGAGGAUAAUCGCAUGGUUGUCUGCUGGCAUCCUGAGAAGACGUUUCCAUACGAGUGUUCCUUACCUCUGCCUGAAGAAAAACCCGAUACUUCCGUACUGCGAAUCGGAAACAAAGACGUCGCUGAGAUUUUUAGGAAAAAGAAGGAAUAUCAGGUUGUGGAAGAGCUAGCAAAAAUCACAUACACUACCAAGCACAGGUGGUAUCCUAGGAAAAGAGACAAGAAAGCAAAAAACACAGAACCUGACAGGCCAUAUUUGUAACAUUUGAAAAAGGUCUGAAGGGUUUCUUGGUGAAAAAGUACUGUAUUUAAUUCUCUUUACAUAUGUAGUUGUAUCCUGCAAAACAUAUAUUAAUAAAUGUACAAAGAUAAUUGUUAUAUCUGUCUGUAUAAAUAAAUGCUUACAAUAAAAGGAUAGAAUGAA